AUGACUCAUGCGUGGUUAGAUUCGCUUUCAGAAGACUGGCCGUCUCAGAUAGAUUCAUCUGGAACUCCAGCAUCUCUGUCCCCAUCAACGAAAGAAUCAAGCACCAACAGCUCCCAAACUAAAUCCUGUCGCAUUUUAGAACAAAAAUAUGAAACGCAAGCCUUCAAGGACCAAGUAACAAUUAAAACUUCACCGGUAAAGAAUAAAGUGAUCACUUGUAGUCCUCAGGGCUCGAUUCGCAAAUCCGAGUGUCCGAUAUUACUGCGAGAUCGUUCGAAGAGCCCCACUCUCUCAACACAGCACAAUACAGUACAGCACAAAAUUUCUAGUGUUAACCCCAGAAAUAAAACACCAGAGUGGAAACAAAGAAUAGUUGAUGGAAAAAUUGCAUAUGGUGAACAACGAGAUCUCUUCACAAAGGCUGGCCUUGAGAACUUAUUUCAGGCUUCCUCUCAUCAGAAUUAUUCUAAGGGUGUUACAGGCAAAAACAAUACAGGCAAAAUUAUACCAUCAACUUCAAGUUCUUCGCCCGCCUAUAGCGUACAAGAGAUUAGACCAAAUAAUAAUGGAUGUAAAGACAUGCUUGCCAAUGAAAAUAAAGUAUCUCAGAUGUGGAAACAAUAUUCAAGGCAAGAAUUAUCAAUAACCAAAUCUGAUUUGAAGAUGUCAGACAAGGAGGUUAGCGAAUAUGGAAUGGAGCCUAUACAUGCCACAAGAAUCAAUCCCAAUAAAAUGCGUGAUCAUAAACUUAUAUCCGAGAAAUCAAAUCUUGGUGCUCGCAGAAUAUUCAGCGGACACAGCGACUCAAGAAACGAGUGUCUAAGUCAAAUACAUUUAUCCAACUGGCAGGAAGAGAAUGGGAAAAAUAAUUUCUCUGCUUGUAGCUCUCCAUUGGAAGAAACACAGCAAAAAGUGAUACCUCAUCGAGAAUCGGCUCCAUUAGAAUGUGAAAAGCAAACGAAAAAUUCAGACUACACCAAUAAUACUAUAGAUAGAAAGAUGGAGGAGUUUCAAAACGCUCAACCCGAAAAUUUCAGUACAUGUUUCAUCUCUAACGAACCUUUUCAGAAACAAGUUCAAAAUAUUUCCAGAGCUACCCUCAACGACACUACCCUUUUAACGGAAGAAUCAAUGCAAGCUAGUACCCCAAAGCAACUUCCCAAAGUAUAUAAAUUUUCUGGCGUGGAAGAAGAAGUUUUAGAAAAAAAGACGUCUAAUAUCCCGAAAACACCUCGCAAAGAUCUUCAUAAAUCAACAGGCGAGCAGCUUAACGGAAUUUCAAAAAGUCCUCUGAAAAUAUUUGGCACUCAUGACACUUUUACGACUCAUAAGCUCCUCAGUAGGUUGAAUCAACUUGAAUCGGGGUCUGAUAUUCGAAAACCUAAUGAAAAAACUUCAUUCACUACAUCUAGGGGCGCAUGUAGAGAUAGGCUACACUUACAUGUGAACGAGUCGUAUCAGGAAGAAACAGGAGAUCGGACUCCUUCACAUUUGAGUAUUUCAAGAAAAUUAAGCAAUUUUGGCUUUGGGGAUCUUGACGCGUGUCGAUUCACUAGAGAAAUUUAUCACAAGUCCAAUGACACAAAUAAUUCCAGUAAAUCAAAAGGCUCAACAAAUAACUGCACCAAGGCACACAACGAGUCAAAUAAAACUUAUCCUAAAACUUUAGAUGGUCGAGAUUGUCUGGACACUAAGGUUGGGGAUAAACUUGUAUCUGUUAGCUCUACGGAAGCUUACAGUUACCGAGGAACCCAAACUUUGGUAAAUUGUAGCUCGGGAUUUCUAGAAAGCGUCCCUAUCUCACCGCGACAAGAAAUCCUCAAUACGCCCAGGAAAAAUAAUGGAGACACUGAAGGAAAAAGAUUACCCAAGACACCGCUAAUGGACCCGGAGCCGAAAAGACGUAGAACCUUUCAUAAAAUAGAAUCUAGCUGUGAAAUUAGGGAGGGAGAAGGGAUAUUACAUGAGCACUCAAGAGAAAUUCAACAAAUCCAGCUUUUACACAGCAAAAAACGGAAAGAUGCUCGGCACGAAGAUGACCAAAGAGUAGCGAAUUCCGAGGUUCUUGCCAUAAGGCAGGUAUUAAAGCCCAAAUUACCAGGCCCUGGAAAACGGAAUAGUCAAACCUCGACACAAGAGGCCCCUCAAGGAAAUAACACGAUACUGUCUAAAGACACGGCAGGUGACAAAAAAUACCAACACAAUGAGGAUCUCACAAAAAAUCGCUCACGCACUCCCCCGAGUCUAUCAAAUAUUUCUGGUAGUGCAAAUGAACGGACACAUUCUGAGUUACGAAAAAGAUCUAUUACAUCACUAGACUUUAUAGAUGAAGCUCAUCGACUUAUGGUCAACCUUCGUGCGAUAGCAAGAACUCGUAGUGUUCAAAAUACCACAACAAUCUCCAACUCGGAGUAUCUCCAUAAUGAUACUGGAAUUAGCACUACUGAAGACGGGUACAACUAUUCAUACCAAGAUUCGACUCAGGAUCCAUUUUCGCGACCACCAAGUCGUGAAGGAACUGCUCUUGUUUCAAGACCUAAUUGUCAACAAGAUCCCAACAUUUUGGAACAUCUACAUAAAUACCGAGAUAAUUGCGACUCAAACGCCAUCUUCGCCUCUCUCAGGUCGAUUUCUAAAGAAGAUUAUCCCUUAGACGCCGAUAAUCAGAGGAUAUUUCCUGCCUUACUGCGUCAAGGUAAUCUAACAGGCUCUUUUGAACAUGAUCUAUCUAAUCCAAAAAAUCUAGAGAACCAUGAAAUUUUAAGCCACAAAUGUUUUCCGUAUAAACCCUCUGAAGUUUCAGCAAUGAUUGAAGACGGAUUUCCUUCGCAAAGGUCAAAUGCGUCCUCAGGAAAAUCAACAGUCUUCUCUGAACAGACAGGAUGUUCCAGAGGAUCUGAUUCUUGUCGAGUAAUUGCCCCUAAAUCUGUUUGUCAUUUAAUACCUACUGAAGUAGCUGGAAUGAAAUUUGAUCAGAAAAAGAAUACCUGGUUCAGGAAAAACGAUGGCCGCAGUGAAAAUUCUAACCUUGAUCACAAAUUCUCAGAAGAAAUAGAAGACGAUCCCCUUCGUGAUAUAUCUGAUCUAUCUGUAGACGUUAAUGAAGAACUUCGAAGUAUUAAUAUUAUCACAAAACCUCCGGAAAUCACUCCUGAAGAAGGCAAGGUAAAAAGCGAAGAGAAGCUAUAUCGUACAAAAUCAUUAAAUGAGCUUAAACUUAGUAAUUGUCAUGAAAUGGCACCACAGAUCUCAACGAAAUCGAGGCUAUUGUCGAAAACAUCAAGAGUAUCUGGGCGCUUUCAUAAUACGGCUCUAAAUCUUCCCAACCAAGAAAGCAGAGAAGCUUCCACACAUAUAGUACAGAGUAAUUCUUCGAAAAACCUUUCUAUUUUUACCUCACCCAUGCCAAACACAAAUUUAAGAAGAGAAAGAACCACAGAAAUUGAAAAAGAUAGAUAUACCCAUGACAGCCAUCAACAAACUGGAACUCCAAUCCGACGGAAUAUUACAAUAUCAUUUUCAUCUCCUAUAGAAUCUCAUACGACAACUAAAAAAGAAAGAGACCUAACUACAAAGAACAAGCAUGAAAACCGAACACCUACACAGCAGUUUGAUAAUAGAACAAAACCUUCUCCAAUCAAAAGCGUGUUGAAUGAGAACUCAAAUUGCUAUGGAUCCUAUACAUCAAUCGAAAAUUCGGCAAGGAAUGUUUCCAGGAGGUUUCAAGAGAAAAAUCAUGAACGUUUAAAAUACCAAAUAUCAAGAAUCGAUGAGCAAGAUGAAGAUAUUUACAGUGCCGAUAAGGAGUCUAAACAAAAAAGUAUCAGCAUUUUUGUCGCAAAUGCCGCCCCCUCAAAUCAAUUAUCAGAAGUUUUUCAUAUAACACCUCGCCCGUCACGUGAGAUUGGAACAUUAACACUAACACCUCUAUCCGAUUUUACCGUUCACCAUGCUAAUGAAUCAUUUGGCCUCGACGUCAGCUACAUCGCACAAGCUCGGAACUUCAAAAUUUCAGGAGGCAAGAGAACCCUUUCACUUUCCAUUAAAGAACUUGUAGAAAAGUUAACGGAAGUUGAGCCUUAUGAGCCAUUCUGGGAGGACCUGAAGCAUAUGAACCUUAGAAAUAAGCGACUUACCACUGUCCAUAAACUUGAUGAAUUUUGUGAAAAGCUCGAAGAACUUGAUGCUUCUUGUAAUCGUUUAAAUCAUUUAAAUGGAAUUCCUAGAACUGUUCGGAAGCUCCAUAUUGCUGAAAACUGUAUCUCAGAUAUGACUGCUUGGGGACACCUGACUAACCUUCAAUAUGUCGAUGUUUCAAAUAAUGAACUUAAAUCCCUAUCUUCUUUAAAAUCACUGGUUCAUUUGCGAGGCAUUCGAGCAGAUAAAAAUAAAAUUUCAGAUCUUAAGGGUGUUAGUGAGCUAGAUGGACUCCUUAAUCUAAGGUUGAGAGACAAUAAUCUUCGCUCAUUAGAUUUCCAAAACACAAAACUUCAGUCAUUAACAAAUCUAGAUGUACGAGGUAAUCAGAUAUCAGAGAUUCAGAAUAUUCAGAAAUUAGAAAGUAUAACUGUUUUAGACUUAAACGAUAAUCACAUAUCCCAUUUUACCAGAAGUACCUCUAAACCUCUCUCAUCGCUCAAAUACCUUCGUCUUAGUGGAAAUAAUUUAGAAUCAAUCGAUGUCAGCCAAUACCCAAACUUGAGACUUUUAUAUUUAGAUCGAAACCGACUGGGGAGAGUAACAGGUUUAUUGAGAACGAGAUAUUUGGAUAGUAUUUCCAUUCGUGAACAACGAGAUUCAAAUAUUGAUUCAUCCUUCGUGUCAGAAGUGUUUGAGGUUCGUAAAAUAUUUCUUUCGGGGAACCUUUUAUGCAAGUUUAAACCUCAGGUUGAUUUUUUGAACCUACAAUAUCUCGAGCUAGCAAACUGUGGUCUGGAAACACUGCCUGAAGAUUUUGGAGCUUUACUUGCCAACGUGAGGGUCUUGAAUCUCAACUUCAAUGCGUUAAGAGAUAUUCAGCCUAUUAAAGGCAUUCUACGCUUAAAAAAGUUGCACCUUGCUGGGAAUCGAUUAAUUGGCGUAGAUGGUAUAGCGGACCUAUUUUUGCGAUUUCCUGCACUCUCACUCGUAGAUCUGAGAUGCAAUCCACUUACUGUAGGGUUUUACUCGCCAAUUUUGGAGGGACGAAUGGCACCACAUGAUGUGAUCAAUGGUGAGGAAGCUGAGAAUCAGGAACCGUACACCCUUGCCAAAGCAGACAGUAUCAAAGAUAAUAUGUACAAGUCAUGCCUUGAUAUGCGAACGCGAAUGAAGCGGAGAAUCUACGAAAUGUUUCUCAUCAGCUCAGCACACAGGCUGAGGUAUCUCGAUGGAUUGUUGGUUGAUAAAACUAGUAUUUUUAUGCAAGAUAAAGUUUAUCAUUCUAUGGUGGAAGCAGGCUUUAUUUCUUCGAUUAACCCAGAUGACGCCUGCCCAGAGAUAAACCAUGAAGAUUCUUCUAAAAAUGAGAGAGCACUACUGCCUAAGGAGGAAGAAAUUUGGCCCGCCGAAGACAGUUUCGGAUAA